AUGGAUCCCGUAACAGCAGAAGGAAUGAAGCCUGAAGUACCUGAGGUGUCGCACUCAGGAUCUCGGCCUUCUGAGGAACCAGUUGGGCCAUCGGAGUCACCGCCUGGAGGCAGCGACUCUACACCUGUGAAGGCGGAGGCGGCGCAGGGUGCCCCGCCUCCCGCCCCAGCAGAUCAAGCGACGUGUGAUGAUUUUCACUUGAUGUGGAGUGAGCUAGAGGCUUACUUGACGAAACGUUUUUCAGGGUCUCCACGAAACCUGGUUUCUCUGUGUCGAGUGCUGGAUCACGUCAAACGCCAGAGACUGCGUGUGGAGGAGCUAGCUUUUCUGAUCGGAAAUUCGUUUCCAGACGCCCCAGACGUGUCACUUUGUAUGUCGCUCUUUCUCCCGGACAGAACGCUGAUUCAUGCUGGUAGCUCAGCAGCCGCCAUGUGCGUCCUAAUUCAGAACAUGGCUCCUGAUAAGUAUGCUAUUUUCAACAGCAUCCUCAAGAGCUGUAUGGCACAGAAGACUCAGCGCGGAAGUCGGGACAUUCUGCUGCAUCGUAUGCAGCUCCUAUUCAGAGGUCAUCCGCUGCUUAUACGAGCCAUCAGGAAACUACUGGUGCAGCAGUUUUGCAUCGAGAAGAACGGUGGAGUUAUUCGCAAGGAUCAAGCAGUGGAAUUGGCGAAGCCCUUUGACGAUGAGCCUUUCCAGGUUCACUCCGUGUUUCGUCUGGCUUACCAAGUCGGUCGUUCUGGAGGCUGUGUAGAGCGCGCCAGGGUACUUGCAUCGAGUGUAUUACAUUUGGUGCGGAUGCUUAUGAAGAAACGGCUGGCCUUUUCUUCCUUCAGCUCUGAACUGGACCGUGCCUUUUCUUCCUUCCCAUCAUGGUUUCACGUCGCAGGCGACAUAAAACGUCUGAUUCUUACAGUCGGAGAGGACGAUAUCCGAAUGGCAAAGGAGCUCGAGACGGCCGUCAAACUUAUCGCAGGAAGAAACGCGGCGGCCUGUCAAGACCGGGCCGUGUGCCUUCGUUACUUGUGCGACUUGUUUCUACAUGGGGUUUUCAAUCAGUCUGUCGCUUUGAGGAUCGAAAUUGAUCAUCUCAUUUCACGAGCACGCAGCGGCGCGAUCUCUGCCUCUCUGGCCAUGCAUCGUAUUGCGUUCCUCGUUUCUCGCUUUCCUGAUUGCUGCGAGAAACUAGGGAUCCUGGCUCGACUGUUUAGGGACUUGGAAAAGCAAAACUGGCAAAACUUAGCCGGACACAGUGAGCCGCCUCAACUGGUAGAGCGAAGUGUCAAUAAUGAGGCAGGCUCCCAAGAUGGCAGACACCUGGCAAGCCCAACAGCCCCUGAGUCGCCAGACGUCGCCACAGGAUCCGAACAGGCGGACGACCACGUUGGUCAGUCGGUUUCACUUCCAACCGCUGCAGAUUCUUCGUCAUCUGCUACUGCUAGCAGUUCUGGCAAGAAUUCUUCGAUUGGGCCAAUUGUCUGCUCUGCAGAGGCAGAAUCUCUCGUGCAAACUACGGCAGACUUGUUAUUGCGCCACAUAGCGCCAUGCCGCUUUAGGAGCCAAGAUUUGAUGAUUCAGCUCAUGGGCUGCUCCUGGGUUCAGACGAUCUAUAGUAUCUUGGAUGAAUGGAAUGCGGGGCGACUUUCAAAAGACGAUGUCAUUUCAAGCCUCCGUGCUUCCGUAUCUUCAUCUCCCGCCGCCGUCGAGUCUCUUCGUCGCUUAGUAUUUUUGCUGGAAUCCCAGCGAUGUGGAGGCCAGGGCCGUUCGGUUUUGACUCGGCAACAGUACGAUGCUUUGCCGAGAAACGGGUCUUACCGGAAAUUGCCAGACGAAUGGCCGGCUUCUGAGUGCAGCGGUAGAGACGCCCUGUCUUGGCAAGUUCUCAAUGACAGGUGGGCCUUGUUCCCAGACAGUUCUGAGAGUCAGGCGCGCUACAUGAAUCGUCAUGAGGAGGCGCUCCUGAGCUUGGCGGACUCCCGCUAUGACUGGGACCUUCGAAUAUCGCGUCUAGAGUCGGUUUUGAAAAAGCUGGAGGCUAUUGGGGAGGCGAUAAUGAAAACACCUGAAGAAGAAAGGAAGUUUUGCACAGUCAGGCCCUCCUUCUUUAGGCAAAUUCACAUCGCCUGCCUGAGACGCAUAUUCGGGAGUAACACCGAGCAGGUUCUCUCUUCCCUAUGUGCUGCGCCCAUGGCCUCUCUCGAGAUAGUGUACAGCACACUGGAGUGCAAGUUGGUUCAAUGGAAAGCCAUGGGGGAGGUACUGGGCGCUUACUGGACCUCCCAGGAACAGCCGCACUACGCUGGGGCUAUCGAUUUCAAGAAGAGAUAUUUGGGGGAUAAAAGGGGAGGCAUCGACGUUGAGGAGCUAAGAGCUGCGGAGGGUAGAGACGGGCGCACUAAAUCAGCAAGGUUUACCAGAAACGAACCCUAA